AUGCAUUUAGAGCUUAUAAAAAGUCAACGAGGUCGAGAUAUUUUAAUUUAUAAUAGUUUUAUUCACAAACAAGAGAAGGCCCUAUCUAUUGAAGAUAAAAUAAUUUGGAAAUGCAAUGAAAAAAAAAAGUGUACUGGUCGAGCUCAUACAAUUCAAGAUGUCAUCACAAAAUUCACCGAUCAUACUCAUGUACAAAAUAGGGCAAAAAUCAAAGCAAAAAGAACCAUAAAUAAAAUGAAAGAAAACGCUAUCACUACAGUAAUGUCUACACAUAGUAUAUUGGCAAACACGUCUUCACAGUUAACUUAA